CCCGCCCCGCCCCGCCGCGGGGUCCCGCGCUCUCCGCCGCGCUCCCCGCCCCCUCCCCGGGCGUCCGCGGCGGCGCAGGGGAAGGGGAAGCGGGAAGGGGCGGGCAGGGGCCGUCGCUUUCUCCUCCCACCGCCCGCGCGAAGCGCGCCGCGCCGAGCCCUGCCGAGCGGGCGCCGCCGCGCUCCCGCAGCAGCCGCGCUUCUCCGCGCCCGGCCAGCGUGCGAGGCAGCGCGGGGCCCCGGCCGGCUUCCUUCUCGCCCCCCGCGGCGUCCCCGGGCGGGCGGGCGCGGGCCGCGAUGGCAGCGGCCGAGCGGGGCUGAGCCCGCCGCCGCCCGCAGCCCCCGGCCCCCUCGGGCCCCAGCCAUGGCGAAGCAGUACGACGUGCUAUUCCGGCUGCUGCUGAUCGGGGACUCCGGGGUGGGCAAGACCUGCUUGCUGUGCCGCUUCACCGACAACGAGUUCCACUCCUCGCAUAUCUCCACCAUCGGUGUUGACUUUAAGAUGAAGACCAUAGAGGUAGAUGGAAUCAAAGUGCGGAUACAGAUUUGUCCCUGCUGCUCUGAGAGACUGGCUUUCUACUGCAGGGACACAGCGGGGCAGGAGAGAUACCAGACCAUCACAAAGCAGUACUAUCGACGGGCCCAGGGAAUAUUUUUAGUCUACGACAUUAGCAGUGAGCGCUCUUACCAGCACAUCAUGAAGUGGGUCAGUGAUGUGGAUGAGUAUGCACCAGAAGGUGUCCAGAAGAUCCUUAUAGGGAAUAAGGCUGAUGAAGAGCAGAAACGGCAGGUGGGGAGAGAGCAAGGGCAGCAGCUGGCUAAGGAGUACGGCAUGGACUUCUACGAAACAAGUGCCUGCACCAACCUCAACAUUAAAGAGUCUUUCACACGUCUGACGGAGCUGGUGCUGCAGGCCCACAGGAAGGAGCUGGAUGGUCUCCGGAUACGUGCCAGCAAUGAGUUGGCCUUGGCAGAGCUGGAGGAGGAGGAGGGCAAACCCGAGGGCCCAGCGAACUCUUCAAAAACCUGCUGGUGCUGAGGGUCCUACGUGGGGCACCCCACACAAACCCCUUUCCCUCAGGAGGCCUGUGGGCAAACAGGGGAGCCUGGGCGUUGCCUACAGCUGUCCUCUCAUUUGACGACCCUGUCAAAAAUCAGUAGCUGCUACUCUUCCCCUGCCUGGCCCUGAGAGCAGCUCUGCUGGCAUCUCUGAGCAGCCUCUGCCCCUGGCCCCUCUACCCUGGAGUGGUAUCCUUCAGCCUGUUUCCCCAGCCAGGGGCCUGCUGUGACCCACGGUGCACUGUGAGCACUGUGCCACCACCAGAGCUCCCUGGACAAUGGCCGAGGCUGGAGUCAAGGCUGCUUAAAGGCUCCUUCUUUCUGAGUGCAUCUUGGUCCUGCUUUUUCUCUUUCCUUCCCGCCCUUUCUUCACCUGCUUCCCUCCAGUGUGUUUCCUCUCAAAGCCCCGCCUACCCUUUGCCCGUGUGUCCUACUAUGUGGCUGCGGGAGCAGCUCUUUCAUCCCAGCCCUGCCUAAGGGAGUGGACCCAGGCUCAUAGGGAUGUUCCAUCCUCUACUCUGUGGGUGGACCAAAGGCCAAGGGUGCUUCUUCCUCCUCUCCUUGUCCCUGCCCCUUCUCGUACCAUGGGCCUGGGAACCUGGGAAAGUGAAACAUCGAGGUAGGAAGGAAACACCACCUGUUGGUGGCCUGGGGCUGGCCUACCUCUCUCUGCUCCCCCUGCCUGAGCUCUGGCCUUGUUUAGCUGCCCACCUGCCUCUGUGGGAACUGAGCUCAGAGGCAGGUGCUUCAGAGAAGACAAAAUGAUGAGGGGUGGCAGGGAUAAAAAGUCACCUCGAGUCUCUACCUCCCAUGCAGGGUGUACUCAACUGCUCUUCACAUGGGCCCCUGAUGGAAAGCUGUGGACCAAGGCCUGAGGGUACCACAGGGGCGAGGAGAUCCCUGGGGCCAGAGCACUGCAAGCUAACUGUGCAGUCCAGAAAGAGGAGCACUCGCAAAUGAAGGACUAGCUCCUUGCUGUCAGGGCCAGAGCAAGGGCACGCAGGCCGGGGUCGGCAUUUUGUGAAGCAGAGGGGGUGUGGUGGCAGCAGGGCCUCACACAUGCUAGGCUAGCACUCUUCCUCUGAGCGUGUCCCCAGCCCUACCUUCCCUCUCUUGUGGUAGAAGAGAACUUCCCCAUACUUCCCGGCAGAGGUGAGAGAUGAACCCAGUCUUCAGCAGUCAGGGUUUUCCUGGGUCCCAGAGUUUGUGGGAGAAGGCAAAGGUUUCAUGGGAAGAGGAAGGAGGCCCUGGGUAGGAAUGCUUGGGACUGUUCGGCCUUCGAGUCAAAGCAUUCAUCUUGGCCCCUUGCUCCUGUGUAGGCUUGAGGGUGUGCCAAUUGCACUGUGGGGAGGGAAAAGGACUUCCGUCUCCAGAGUUGUGUUCAGGAAUUUUCUUUAACCCCAAUAGCCCAAGAGUAGCUUGUUCCCUUUCAAGAGGGAACAAGUCAAUUGCCAGCCCUGCUUGGGUUCCUCCUCACCUUUCUGGGGCAAGAGAAGCCCAGGUGAGAGGAUCAUUCCUAAGCUGUACUACAUGGCUGGGACUGGAGCCAAAGCAAAGACCUGGGCACCAAGCCCCAAGGACCCAAAAGCAGGGCAGGUACCUGUGGAGAAGAAGAGCCCUAUUUCUCACUCCACAAAGGAGGUGGGGAUAAAAUCACUGGGCAUUUUCUCUUGACUUACCAAACCAGGAAAUGGCCAGCAGGAAAGGGUGGCUCAGGAUUUAGGAAUGGGGGACAGGUAGAGUAAACCACUGGCUAAUCAAUUUGGAGAGCAGGUUCUUUAGGAUGAAGCCAUGACUGACUGGGCAGCUUCCUUGAGGACUGACCUAUGCAGCAGGACACUGGGCACACGCAGGUUGGUAGUGCCAAUCCUGCCUGUCCUUGGGAAGGAUGAGAGAAAGGAGAAGUUGUAUUAGGCACUGGCUGCAACCUGUGGGCCAGUGUUGUCGCUUCCCCUGCAGAUGAGGCAGAGUACCAGCGUCUUUCUCUCCUACCCCCUCAGGAAAGAGGGAUUCUGUUUUCACUGUACCUUAGGGUUCUGGAAGGGAGAUCGUGGGGCCAGGAGUCUAUGGACUGAUGAGCCCUCUCCACAGGGUCUACAGCUGGGAGCAGGAGGAGUGCUGGGAUUUUAAGAUGCAGCUGUGCUCAACAGGUAUCGGAGACGGCCUCUCGCCCCUAAACCAGUCCAGGAGGUGGUCUGGGCUGCCAUUGGGCCAGGAGUGUUGAGCAGGCUUUCCUAGCCUGUCUUUUGGUCAGUACCUCUGCCACUUUGUCCUGAGACUCAGCCCAGCCCCUGGCACCGCCUGCUCUUGAGCCCCACCAUCUCCCUGUGAUGGGUGAACUUUGUGUACUGUGUCUAGGGUCCAUUAUAUGAAUUGUGAGCAGGGUUCAUCUAUUUUAAACACAGAUGUUUACAAAAUAAAGAAUAUUUCAAACCACA